AAACACCCGGAAGUCUUUACCACGUGAAGGAUGUUUGAAUUAUAUUGAUGUGUAGACUCCACUCAGCACUGAAAACUAUCAACAUUAAUUAAAUACACUUUAUAAUGUGUGUUAGAGUUUACCCGCGAGGUGAUGUGACAGUUUGCUGACGUAAUGCCAACUACAAACAAAAAGAAGCAGAAGAAGGGGAGAGACACCGCGGUACAGGGGACCAAUGACAGCAGUGUGGUGAGCAAGGUGUCUGCUGCAGCACAGGGCUACUUCCAGGAUGUCUUCCUCCAACACUUUGUGUGUAAAGUGGCCAGGAGGGCCCCGCUCAUCAACAGGGGCUACUACGUGCGCUGGCGAGCUGUGGACCACUGUGUGAGGAGGUUCCUACACAUCACUGAAAACUGCCCCAAAAGACAGAUUUUGUCUUUGGGCGCAGGAUUCGACUCUGUGUAUUUCCGCCUGCACGCAGCUGAAGCACUCGACAGGGCUGUUGUUUUUGAGGUGGAUUUUCCUGAUGUCAGCCGGCGCAAGGCUGCUCUUAUCAACUCUAAUAAUACACUGAGGGAGAUGUUAGACCCCCAUCUACCUUCUCUGACAGGACCUGUAUUUGUGUCCAGUGGUCAGUACCGUCUGCUUGGGGUGGAUGUUAGAGAGGAGUCCCAGGUGGAGGAGGCUCUGGGUGCAGCUGGGCUGGACUGGGCUGCCCCCACCCUAAUUCUCUCUGAAGUGGUGCUCACCUACAUGGAGACACAGUGGGCAGAUGCUGUUAUUCGCUGGGCGUCAAAGCACCUGCCACAGUCACUCUUUGUGAUGUAUGAGCAGAUACAUCCACACGAUCCCUUCGGUCGGAUCAUGCAGGAUCAUUUCUUGAAGCUGAACUCAACUCUGCACGCCCUUCAACUUUACCCGGACACUGUUGCUCAGAGGCGCCGCUUCCUGGGCAAGGGCUGGGAGCAGUGUGUGUGUCUGGAUAUGAAUGACUUCUACCUCGGGCUGGUAUCUGAGGAGGAGAGACACAGAGUGGAGAGCCUGGAUCCUUUUGAUGAAUACGAGGAGUGGCACCAGAAAUGUUCCCACUACUUCAUCCUCACUGCAUCUCAAGGCUCUUUGAUGGCACAGGUUUUACUCGAGCCUGCUCCAGUAUCUCCAGUGUCAUCCUUCUGCCCAUCUUGGAGCUCCACAGCCCUGAGUGUGCAGACCAUACCAGUUUGUAUGGAGGGGCUGGGGAUGGCGUCCACCUUGGUGAGCCCGGGGCAGGUCCUGCUAACAGGAGGCUCAAGUAGAGGAGGCAGGGGGCCAGUGACCUGGAUCCUCCUGAGGGGCCAGGAAGGCUGGACAUCUGUUGGUGUUGAACCAUCAGUAGAUUUAGGUGUGCGACUCUACCACACAGCUACCUCUCUUCCUGGAGGAGGUAUCAUGGUAUACGGUGGUCGCUCUUCCCCACUCAACCCAACCAGAGGCCUUUUCAGAGUCAUGCUGGACCCCGGUGGUCCACCUGAUCCUCCCGACUCAGAGGACAGAGAAACGGUGAAACUUAAUGUAGAGCAGGUGGUCUGUACGGGAGAUCCACCGCCGCCAAGAUGGAGGCACACUGCUACUGCAGUCAGUCGCAAAGGCAAAGACUUUCUGUUUGUGUUUGGCGGAAAGAAUGAAUCAGAGGCAGUUCUGGGUGACGGAUACUUCCUGUGUCUAAACCAGCAGCACUGGACUGAGGUCCCAGUAGAGGGAGCAGCACCAGAGGCUCGUCAUUCCCACUCAGCAUGUUCCUAUCAGGGAGGUGUGGUGGUGUUUGGAGGACUAGACCGAAGAGGAGUGCCACUGGGAGACACAGCAGUGUUAAGGCCAACUGACAGAGGCUUCUCCUGGGAGAGGAUAGAGGUGCAGCCUCCUCCUGUUCCCAGGUACUCUCAUUCUGCCCAUGUGAUCGGUGAAAAGCUGGUUGUGGUUGGUGGAGUGUGGCUGCAUUCAGAUGGUGUACCUGGUGUCGUCAUGAUCAACCUCGCCACACGCAGCAGUGUGGAAUUCAGUCUGGACACGACCUCUGUGCCCUGGCCUCUGAUGCUGCACUCAUUCUGCUCUGAGCUGACGGACUCUGAAGAACCAGAGCUGCUCCUGAUAGGCGGGGGAGGAAACUGUUUCUCUUUUGGGACUCACUUCAACCCUCAGCCUGUGACUGUGGACCUCAGACCUGUGCUGGGAUGAAGCAGCCUUAAGGGUUUCUGUGAAACUGUUAAGCUGCUCAAAUUAGUGACUUAAAGUGAACCAACUAUCAGACAUCUCAAACAGGAUAUAAUGGACGUUAUUUGGGACAUUCUGAAUAGAGCUUACGUCUCCAGACACUUGUUAUUAUUGAGCCCUGAUGUGUGGAUGUCUACAGUGAGUAUGCAGGUUGAAAAGACAUUAAACAUUUCAUGCAUAGAAAAAUCCAAAGAGACGUCCUUGGUC